AUGUUAGAAGAGCCUUACACCCAAGGAGGUCGCCUCCAGCUGCAGGUAACUCCCUUCAACGACGAGACAUCUUCAUUCACGUGUGCUGCUCUCAUCCGCAAGGCAUUUACCCCUUUCACAAAAUGCCAGGUCUUAUGCGUCGAAAUCGAGGAUGCCCCUGUCAGAGCCGGCCUCCCCAAUCCACUAAUAGCUAAAAUAUUUGAUCCUCGUUUCAACUACGAGCGCAAAGACUCAUUCCUUGCAAGACGAUCUCCCAUCCUCUGGUCCGCUGCCAAUGAAAAGGCCGCAGCUGACCGUCGUGCAUUCGCACCGGGUGAUGACUUUAGUAUCCCUCAAGGGGAGAGAGAGUUCUUGGAUGGCUCGUUGUGGGAAGAACUCUACUAUCGCCAGUACGAGGCUUCAUUUGCACGUGAAGUCGAAGCCUACAGAUGCCUUGGACACCUUCAGGGUUCUACCAUACCGCGGCUCUAUGGUUCGGGUCGGGUCAUCUCGGGCCACGGCGAAGGUCGUGCCAUAUCUCCCAGAGUGCUUUUCAUGGAGUACAUCCCAGGCGAGAAUCUCGCAACCAUCCAAGAUCCCCAUUCAGUCCCUAGCUCAGCAUACCAGGAGCUCGUAAAGGCCGUGAGCAACAACAUUGUUGUAUCUAGCAGUCACCCUAGACGAGUGGUGCUCAUCGACUUUGGGCUGUGUCAAUUUCGUUUUGAUGAUGAAUCUGACGACGAUUGGAAAGAAGCUGUCAUAUUCGAAGCGGAUGAGAGGGAACUCCAGCUCUACAUGAAAAAGUUGGGCAUUUGGCACCAGGAAUGA